AUGGAACCAGAAUCCUCGCAAUCUCAACAGCCAGUCACCGUAGUGGAUACCCACUAUCUCCAUGAUGUCUUCGAGCACUUUGACGAAAGAGGCCGAAUCAUCGACGAUAAAGUAAGGUUCAGUAUUCUUUGCCGACUCUGUGGUGAGAGGAACCUUGCCAUCACAAACAGCAAAUUCGAUAAAAAGUCACCCAAGACACACGAGCCUUGGGGCGUUCUCCCCAACUGUGGCCAUGGCUUUGGAUUGGAAUGCCUCUAUGCAUUGAUUAACACCGGAGUGGAGGUUAAAAAAUUACCUGGAUGUCCAACAUGCCAUACUCCGAUUUUCGCAUUCGGGAGAAUGAACCUUUUCGAAAGCGUGAAUACCAAAAUGGCAGUACCGCUUACCGACGAGAACGAGUUUCAUCAAAUCAAUCGAGCCAGGAAAGCCAUAUGUUCCCGGACCACCCCACUGGACAAGAUGAUAGAGAUCCUGAAGAAAGGUGAUAGCGAGCGCGUCGACUUUAACAGGAAACACAUGAUUGAUGUUCUUAGGUUUGUUCGGCAGCUCCACAGGAAGGGAAAACCCGGGCCGGAUCCAGCGAAAAUGGGAUACCUGCUGCAAUUUCUUGACUACGAAGAACUAUACGAAUAACUUGAUGGAAUUUAGUUUCGUCUAGGAAGAAAUCGCAAGAGGGGUAGGAAAACUCGAUACGCCUUGAGGUACUCGUUCCUCAGAUCUGCUGCUUUGCUCAGAUGACCAGGGAGGUCCGCAUAGUUCAUUUGCCAUGGACAGUAAUCAUAGACAAGUAAUAUCAGCACACCUCUCUAAAA